CACGCGGUCGCUGCUGACGAUCAUGGUGCUGGCCACGUGGGCGGGGGCGUUCGGCGCGCUGGUGCCGACGCUGCUGGAGCUGUGGGGCACCUUCGGGCUGGACGAGGCCAUCGGCUCGUGCACCAUCCUGCCCGACCGCGACGGCAAGUCCCCGAAGGUGUUCCUGUUCGUGUUCGCCUUCGUGCUGCCGUGCGUGGCCAUCUGCGUGUGCUACGCGCGCAUCUUCUGCAUCGUGCACCGCGCCGACAAGAAGAGCCACGGCGCCACGCGCGGCCUCAUCAACGGCAAGCGCCGCAAGCGCCCCGUCGCCGACCCGCCCCACGACCCGCCCACCCUGCAGACCCUGCAGACCACGCCGCUGCACGACCGCCUGCAACUCGAGACCCUCGUGAAGCUGUCCACCAGCAGGAACUCCGUCCGAGUGGAGAUCGUGGAGCCGGGCGAGAAGAGCGAGAAGGAGAAGAGCGAGGAGAGGGACGGCGGCGAGAACGGCGAGACGGCCCCGAAGGAGCCCGCGCGAACGCCCUCGCCGCUCCUCACCUCCGGAGACACCAUCACCGACGCCAGCUCGCUGCUGAAGACGGAGGUGAACGGCUUCUCGGGGCAGACGUCCGAGGAGAGCGCGGCGGCGGUGCCCGUGCCUUCCCCCAUCCGCGUGUGCCCGCCCACCGCGCCCGCGUCGCCGGCGUCCGAGCGCUCCGAGCCGCGGGGCUACGCCAUCGAGCGGCGCCCGUCCACCAUCUCCGGCUUCGGCGGCACCUUCUCGCACUUGCGCGGGACCUUCCGCAAGACGCGCGCCGGCUCCUUCAUCGCGCGCCAGCCGGACCUCAGCGCCAAGGACCGCCGCCUCCUCAAGAUGAUUCUGGUGAUCUUCAUCUCGUUCGUGCUGUGCUACCUGCCCAUCACGCUCAUCAAGACCUUCAGCAAGGACGACAACCCCGUGCUCAACAUCGUCGGCCUCCUCCUCAUCUACAUGACCACGUGCAUCAACCCCAUCAUCUACGUGGUCAUGUCGUCCGAGUACCGCCAGGCCUACGUGAGCCUCCUGACGUGCAGGCGCGACACCGACGCGACCAACCGCUCCGUCACCAAAAUAUCCUGAAAGAAAGCAAGGUCUUCCAUGCCGCGCCAGGCGCUCGGGCCGGCCGCGUCCAGAUACAAGGUCAGGGUGUCGCCGGCAGGGUUCCCGAGGCACCAGAACUGAACUACUCUUGAGACUCGAGGCAAGAGAAAGCCUCGUCUUGAAUAACCCAGUGCUGUGCCCCUCCAAGGGCAGCCCUCCAGAGAGACUCGCUGGUGCAUAUUAUUAAUGACUAACGUUUGAUUUUUGACCUUUUGCUGCCUGGAUCUCGGGCAGGCCCCGGGACGAAAUUACCAAACAUUAUAUUCUUGCAUGUUAAAGGGAUUCUUUUUGUUCAUUUCAUUGUAAAUAUUUCGAAAAAAGAGAAAUGUUUAAGUGUAUUGGAAUAUUUUAGUAUCUACAAACGAUUGACCAAUUUCUUGAUAAUUCACAAAGAAACAUGAAAUUGCAUGCCUUAAGUAUAUAAUACUCCAUAUCUUGCCCUCAGUGUUGUCAAUAAUAUUAAUGUUUACGGCAAUAUAACACACACGCAGGUAACUAUCGCAGCACUCCAUCCAUGGCUGUACUUUCACACGCUAUCUGAAGAGACACACGCGGCAAUAAAACCAUUAAAAAUGUAUGAUAUAAUAUGAUAACUUGGUAAACUCAACUUGACAUUCGACAAUGAUCUGGCAAUUUCAUUAGUAAACCGAACUGCAAUACGAAAACAAUAUCAGGGAGCCAGGCUUACUGUAUCAUAUAAUACAUAGUAAAUGAGCAAAAUGUUAAAAUACUUAUCUCUGGAUCCUGAAAACGACUUAUACUACAAGUGCAAUGAUGUGCACGGCAAUUUUCAUUGUUGUUCUAGGUAGUUUUGUACGAACGGAUGAGACAGCCAGCGGUGACGGGGUCAGUCGUCCAUAGGACAAGAUUCUUCGCUGGAUUCCCUUCAGCCAAGGAGCUUCGUCCGUGCCGGUGUCCUACUUCUUCGGGGAUACUUUUGACCAGGUUCAGUCGUUUGUAACUUCCAUGGGCCUUGCGGGCGCCGUGCUCUGUGCUGGACACGUCGACUCGCGUUGGAAGUUGAGAUU